CUCCACGAAGCACCCCUCUCCCCAGAGCCCCACUCACUCACCCUCCUCCCCACCAGCCUGCUCUAGGCAGGCCCAAUGUCUUUGGGUUUAAAUGACGUCUCUCCUCUGUGGAACUCCACGAUUCCUUCCCACGGUCAACUCGGGACCUCCCAGCGACCACUGCCGCCUGCGGACGAGGCCAGGGACUUGGCCGAACGGAUCCUAAUAAGGGGAAAAUGCAAGCUUGUAUGUCCACCACCGUAGGCAAGCCGAACCGAGAUACCAUUUCCCGUUUGCAUGGCCUUGCAGAGCCACACGGGGGCGUGCUCACGUUCCAGAAGCCGCGUUUGGCGGAGGGGCCGCGGUACCGUAUCUUUCCAAUACUGGGUUCUAAUAGGCAAUCUCAGCCCGUUAGAAACACGCGGCCGAUACAGUGUGUGUUUGCUGUUUGUUUGUUCUAAGCAGCCAUGAGGCGUGGGAAGUUGUGUAAAGACGGAGAAAAGAGAGCUACCCAGAUUCCUGAAACAAGCGAUCACCUAGUCGUUGUCUCCUUAAAGAUAAAGCUGCUGGAAAAAUUCCUUGGUAUAAUUCGAUGGUGUCGAGGAGAGAUUUUUAAAAGACAAAUAUGUCUAUUUCAAAAUGGGUCAUGACACUGCGAGUUAAUUAAAUUAGGGGAAAUCAAUUUUCUUGUUGGUUUGAGUGUGGAGAGUGAUAAGAGGGUAGGACCACCCCCUCCCCAAAACCGCGUCCGCCUUGCGCGUUCUCCGACCGCCUGCGAUGAUUAAAAGGCUUUUGUUUAAGACAGAUCUAGGCACUGGCAACUUAGCUGAGUGUACUCUCAGGAAAAAUGCGACUGCGUCGGGACAACGUAAGGGGGUCGUUCUGGGCGACGGACUCCCCCCGCCCCAGGUUGUGCCUGGUGCCCGGGGCUACCGGUAGCGAUCAGGAGGCGCAGGCAGGAAGGACUAGGAGUUGGGGCGCCUGGGCCAGGCUGGGCUGAUGGCGCCUGCGGGAAGUGGCGGGCUGUCCGCGAAUCGUUUAUACUCCAAGGCGUCGUGGAAUGGGGAAUGCAUUUGAAGCAAACGGGCUUUGCAUUUGACAGAACCUCGGCCACCCUUCCAAGCCGCUUGCUGGCCUUGAGCGCGGAGUUUGAUUUGGGCACUAGCUCUUGGAAGUAUCUCGCCUCAUGCCCUCCUCGCGGCACCCCCCCCCCCAACCUUUGCAAAGCCCCUGACAUUGGGGAUGGCCUGUGUCACCAUCCGUGGUCCAAAAGGGAGGCUCCAAAAGGGAGGGCCGUUCUAAGGGAGGGUGGCUGUCCCUUCUUCAUCGAAGUUCAUUGUGAAGCUCACACAACCCCCGGAAUUAGUCCUGGCCCCGUCGGCUCCUGUGUUUCUGUCUUCUCCCUCCAGGCCCUGGACCAAAGGCCCUGGGUCCACCCCUGGGAGCUGGCAUCGGCUUCAGCGGAGGCUGGGGCGCCAGGAGCCCCCCCGCGAGGCGCCAGCCAGAGGCGUGGGUGUUCCCCACGGGCACCCCCGGCUCCCGCCUGUCUGACCGCGGGUCCAGCUUUGCUAUUGUGAAGCGACAUUUCCCGGGGCCUAACCCCGGCCUCAGUCCACGUGGGGUAAGAACCCUCCACCCGAAAUGUUGUGUUCCUCUUUAGGCGGCUCCAGCGGGAGCGCCGGUGGCCUUGCGGGGGAGGGGGCCCUUGGCUUUGGCUGGCAGCCUCCCGCAGAUCACCGGUGCUCAGCGGUCUGCAGCUCCUUUCCUCCUGGCAGCGCCCAAGAGGGACCGGAAAAAGGCUGGGGGAUUGGACCAGGACUUCUAGGGGCUGAAGACCCGACUCCACCUGAUCGUUAGGGCUGCGUCGGGCUGGUAGAGUGUGGCCAUGUAUCUUGAGUCGCUGAGUUUUCAGAUCCCGAAGUGGAGGGAAAAUGCAGGAAGUAGGAGUCUUUUGUGUCUGCAACCAAAAGAGGCUGCGCCGGCCCUUCUGUCUGUCUCCAGACACCCCUCAUGCGUUUGUGGUGGCUUCCCCAGCCUCCCCAUUUGCCUUCUUGGUUUUUUUUUUCACAUUGGCUGGGAGGUGCACAGUGCAACCCAGAGGGGCACCCUAGGGAAGUAGCUUUUAAAAUUUGUCCCCAUCUACUCUGCCCCCAAAGAGUGGCAUAGCCCUGAGGCCACGUAGGGCCCAAAUUCAGGGUGAACCCGGAGCCCCAGGGCUGCUGUUCUUCUUCCCAGUGACAGAAGAGUGCAGAUGCAAGCCACUUCUUGAUUACAAAUGCUAAUUUCUUGCUAAAGCAACCCUUUUAAUUUUUAUCUAGAAAGAACUGUGUGGGGGAGAAGAAUGUCUUGGUACAAAUAUGGAUAUUCAUCUCUUUUAUGGUGCAAUAUUGAUUUAUUAUUAAUGGUAACUGCUCCAACUGAUCUAAAGAUGAUCGAAAACAGCAGCUAUGCAGCUACAUUAAAUACUUAAGCAAAAUAAAGGCAGGCCUUGAAAGUCACUGCCUUUUCAUUCCAUUUGCUUCACCUUAGCCUUAGGGUCUUAGGCAAACUUCCCAUCCUCCCCAGCCCAGAUCAUUCUCUAGUAUUAUUUCUGGUUUUCUCAAUUUUUGUGAUAAAACCUCCCUGAAAUAUUGGCAGUCUCUGGCCUCAAGGAGCUAGUCUGAAGGCAGAAAUUUGAAAAAGAAUAAAAUAGAAUUUUGUGAUAAUAGAUUCGAAAUUAUAUCUGAAACAUUUUCUUUCCUGUGAGCGAGGAAGACCUAUUUAAAACCAAAUCCAAUGUGGAAGUGACUUUGAGCUUGAAGACAUCGGAGCUGAAACAGAAAGGCCCCCAAAUUAGGAAGGCAGCUCCUGCCUGUCCAGGCUCACUGCAGACCUGCCCACUCUGAGAGGAAUCGCUGGUUUUUAGCCUGGAUGUUUUCUUCAUGUAUAAAUAAAGAUUAUGAAAGGGCAUUUGAUGGACAUAAAAUUCCCGAUUAGAUUAAACAGUUUUGUCUUGCGAGUGGAUAGGGAGAAUUGGACAACCGAGAUCCUGGCAGCUCCCCUGGCCGAGAUGUAAAGGACGACAGUGCUGGAGCGCCAGGCUGGCGUCAGGGCGCCUGCCGCUAGCCCGUGCAGCGGGCACUUUGUCCAGCCUUGGGCACUCUUAGCUAUGGCUGGGAUCAUGAUCUCCGCCUUAUAAGAAAGCAAUUUUCGGGGUGCUGGUCAGUGGCUGUUAGCUUUAAACAGGACUGUAGCAGACUAGAGUCCAAAGUUGGGAUUUUUUCCUGCCCUCCUCACUGCCCCCCCCCCCAAGCUUAAAAACUGCCACCCCUGCGGAAAGGUAAUGUUUAAACCACCAGCUUGGCCGGGCGGCAUCCUGCAGCCAGAGCAGUUAGAGGCGCCAGGCUUUUAACCUGACAAUGAUGUUGUAUUUGAACAGCUGCAUAAAGGUUUAAAAGGUCUGUCUCAUUGCCACCGUGGAGUUUUUAAAAGGGGUUAUUGUUUGGGCGAGAGCACUGCGAGGGGACAGGCGAAGCGGUCCCAAGGCCGAAAGUAAUGUCCCACGCCCGUUUCAACAGGCCAGGGGAGAUUCCUUUUGGGGAGGGGGACAAAGGGUUUGUUGGAGAGGGUUUUUGUGAAGGAGCGAGCCGGCUACUAGGUCCCCCAGAAUGCUGAGGCGCUUUCAUGAGCAUCGGGCUCCAGAGAAAUGUUCUGCUGAGGGAGAAACCCAAUUUGCCCACAAGUUCAGUCUCUGGGCCUGAAAUCCAAGGCCAGCCCAUGACCGGGCGAGUGUGAGGAGAAGAAAACACGGAUGCCUUUCCGGAUAGAGAACUGGUUCACGAUCACAGUUUCCGGGGCCCUUUUCCUCUCUCGGAUGCAAGGAAGGGGAUCCAGGAAGUCGGAGGAUGGCUCCAGCGUCCUGGCCAGCCCCUCGCCCAGGGCAAGCCUUUGGAAAUCAAGGUUAAAGCUCCCUGCUGCUGCCCCGAGGCCGGGGCUUCCAAAAGCCGCUCACCCGCCAGCAACCAGAGAACGAGGGAGGAAGUUGUUGGACAAGUUUCUCAUAAAACUGAGUUUCCAUGGCGGUGAUGGUGGUUGUUCUUUAAUGAGCUCGACCACAACCCCAGACCAAAUCCUUUUUAUAGGACUUUCCUCACCAGAGGAAGCAGAGGGCUAAGAUUCCCCCACCUCCUUUUUCCUCCCUCCCCUUACCAAAGCAAAACCGUGUCAAAUCAUUUUAGGAAUUGUCCAAACCUAUAAAACUCAACUUCUGACAAAAGUAUAGCUUUUAAUAUUUGACGAUUUGUGUUAAAACAAAAAUUGACCUUCUUGGUUAGUAGCGAAGGGGAAAAAUCAAUAGUAUAAUUUUCAAUAAUUCAUAAAGCGAACGCCAUUAUGCUAAAUCUUAACUAUUAAUCUUAUCCUUUACAAAGUCUCGAUUGAUUUGUUAAUAAAAUAUCUUCCCGUGUGUGGCAACAGCGGGUAUAACUCUUUAAAAACCUUCAGAAGCAAGAAAAUUACCAAGUAGCCCAAGAAUGUAGAUGAGAAUUUUAUUGAUCGCCCUGAUUCUUCUUAAUAUGUAUUAAUAAAUUCCACAACCUUUUGUACCUUGCACUUGUCAGAAACCAAUGCUUUUACAAAAUCCAUAAAAGUAAAACAUAUUUUUCUUUGCAGAAGAACCAAAUGACACCUUUGCGUCUCUCUCUCUUCUGCUUGGCUCAGUCAGUUUUCUAAAACUUCUGGAGUCUGAGAGCGAGAGUUCUCCCUUUUCCUGGAAAAAAAUCUUUUCUUUCUCUUCCUUCCUUCCUUUUUGCCCUCUAUUAUCAGGGUGUGUGGGGGAAGAAAACCUCGGUUUAGUUCUCCGGCUGGGAACCGAAGGGACGCUUUCGCGGAUAGUGAAUUGUUGGCGAGGGAUUGUCUCCGGGCUGAAAGCUCCCAGCGGCCGGCCCGCAGAGGUCGGGGUGUGGUUCCUCGGAGAGCGGAAAGAUCGGGUAGCCCAUCGGGACGCGGAGGGGUCGGGAGCCGGGGCGGGAGGGCCGAGGGAGAGGACAGCGCCGUAGCCAGGCCGGUCCUCGGGGCUCCGGGGUCGGCCAGCUCCUUGGCCUCUCGGCCCUCGCGGCCCUUCUCGCCUCCGCUCCCCAGGAUACCUUAGCCGCGUCUAUGCCCCAGAGAUCUUUCCUGUGGCCCCCUGGAGUGGGACGUCUUAGAGCCCGAGGAAUCCGACUCACCUUCCCAGGCUGCCCAGGACAAAACUAACCAGCCUGGGCCCCCACCCGCUGCCCGGGCCCCGGCCCUCUCGGGCGCGUUCUGCCUUGGUGUGUGCGGGGAAUGCUUCUGUGUGCUGGCACCACGGCGCUCCGGUUUCCCUCCCCGCGCGUGUCCUCCCGGAGGCCCUUCUGGCCGAGCCUUUCCUUCCAGAGGCCGGAGCGGGGGACGCGAGUGGGGCAGGCGGGCCGAGCAAGCCCCAGGGAGGCUGGCGAGUGGCUGAGAGUGCUGGGCCGGUUGUCUCCAGCGCGCACUAUCGCGGGCGCGUAGUAGAUGUCGCUGUUGUCCGUGCUUACGCGGCCGGCCGGCCGGGCUCUGGAGCACGUGACCUGCGAGGAGGCUGCGGCUCAAGGCCAUUUUCAAAUCUCAUUGGCUUGGUUGUCAUGUGGUCGGCAGAGGCAUCCACAAUUACACGGGGAAUGUUUUCCUAGAGAUGUCAGCCUACAAAGGACACAAUCUCUCUUCUUCAAAUUCCUCCCCAAAAUGUCCUUUCCCAACAGCUCUCCUGCUGCUAAUACUUUUUUAGUAGAUUCCUUGAUCAGUGCCUGCAGGAGUGACAGUUUUUAUUCGAGCAGCGCCAGCAUGUACAUGCCACCACCUAGCGCAGACAUGGGGACCUAUGGAAUGCAAACCUGUGGACUACUCCCGUCUCUGGCCAAAAGAGAAGUGAACCACCAAAAUAUGGGUAUGAAUGUGCAUCCUUAUAUACCUCAAGUAGACAGUUGGACAGACCCGAACAGAUCUUGUCGAAUAGAGCAACCUGUUACACAGCAAGUCCCUACUUGCUCCUUCACCACCAACAUUAAGGAAGAAUCCAAUUGCUGCAUGUAUUCUGAUAAGCGCAACAAACUCAUUUCUGCCGAGGUCCCUUCGUACCAGAGGCUGGUCCCUGAGUCCUGUCCCGUUGAGAACCCUGAGGUUCCUGUCCCUGGAUAUUUUAGACUGAGUCAGACCUACGCCACCGGGAAAACCCAAGAGUACAAUAACAGCCCCGAAGGCAGCUCCACAGUCAUGCUCCAGCUCAACCCUCGCGGCGCGGCCAAGCCGCAGCUCUCGGCCGCCCAGCUGCAGAUGGAAAAGAAGAUGAACGAGCCUUCGAGCGGCCAGGAGUCCACCAAAGUCUCCCAGGUGGAGAGCCCCGAGGCCAAGGGCGGCCUUCCGGAAGAGAGGAGCUGCCUGGCUGAGGUCUCCGUGUCCAGUCCCGAAGUACAGGAGAAGGAAAGCAAAGAGGAAAUCAAGUCUGAUACUCCAACCAGCAAUUGGCUCACUGCAAAGAGUGGCAGAAAGAAGAGGUGCCCUUACACUAAGCACCAAACGCUGGAAUUAGAAAAAGAGUUCUUGUUCAAUAUGUACCUCACCCGCGAGCGCCGCCUAGAGAUCAGUAAGAGCGUUAACCUCACCGACAGGCAGGUCAAGAUUUGGUUUCAAAACCGCCGAAUGAAACUCAAGAAGAUGAGCCGAGAGAACCGAAUCCGAGAACUGACCGCCAACCUCACCUUCUCUUAGGUCCGAGGCCCGUCAGAGGCCGAGAUCGGAGAGGGGGCACCGCGUUCCAGGGCCGAGUGCUGGAGGACUGGGAAGGCGGAAACAAAACCUUCAUUGCUCUUUGUUUUUUGUUUUGUUUUGUUUUUUUCCUGCUAGAAUGUGACUUUGGGGUCAUUCUGUUCGUGCUGCAAGUGAUCUGUAAUCCCUGAGUAUAUAUAUAUAUAUAUUAAAAAACUAGCACGUGUAAUUUAUUAUUUUUUCAUCGUAAUGCAGGGUAACUAUUACUGCGCAUUUUCAUUUGAGUCUUAACUUAUUGGAACUGUAGAGCACCCAUCAAUCCAUUCAUCCAUCCAGCAAUGUGACUUUUUCAUGUUUUUCCUAACACAAAAGGUCUGUGUGUGUGGUUAGUCCAUGAGCUCAUGGCGUUUUGAAUACAUCCAGUACUUAAAAGUACUUAAAUUACAUAUAUAUUUAAAAAAAAAUUAAGAAAACCCACAAGCUUUGGGGGGAGGGGGACUAAAAAAGCACAUUACAAUGUAUCUUUUUGCAAAUGAAUUUAGCAAUUGUCCUUGGUGAGAUGGAAUAUUGACGACUUAUGCCUUGUAGCCUUUCCCUUGUGGUGCAUCUGUGGUUUGGUAGAAGUGCAACAGCAACCUGUCCUCUCUGUGCAUGUUCUGGUCGCAUGUAUAAUGCAAUAAACUCUGGAAACGAG